GUUAACAUGUCGGAUGAGGGGAAAUUAUUCGUCGGCGGCCUUAGCCUCAACACAGACGAGCAGGCCCUGGAAGAACAGUUCUCCAAGUACGGGCAGAUCACUGAGGUGCGAGUCAUUAAGGAUCGGGAGACCUUCACGUCGCGUGGUUUCGGUUUCAUCACUUUCGACAACCCGGAGGACGCCAAGGACGCGCUGCAGGCCAUGAACGGCAAGUCCAUCGACGGCCGCCAGAUCCGGGUGGGCCACGCCGAGAAGAAGACGGGCGGCGGUCGCGGUUACGGCGGAGGCCGGGGCGGCGGUGGUUACGGUAACCGGAGGAGAGGCGGCAGUUACUGGGAGAAUGAGAGGAGCGCCUAUGGGGGCGGAGGCCGGUACGACCAGAGCGAGCGCGACAGCUACUCGGGUGGGUACCGGAGCCAGGGCAAUUACAACAGCUACGGAGGUCGCCCUUACCGAGACUAUGACUGAUGGCCUGGAGGAACUGUCGGUGCCGGAUUCCCAUCCGCCCGCCGCUGAGAGGGCGGCCCUGGAACCGCAGAAAGCCGCCGUGAAUGAAUGUGAUUUGCCUGUUAUGUUAAAAUGCUAGAAACCCAGUUUGACCAUUGUCAUGAUUAAUUUUGUUACCUGUUGUUUGUUCUGGGGUCUUCCUUAAGUUGAGCUUUCGACUUUGAACCUCGCUUACCAUGUGGCUUUCUGUGAUAAUUUUUAAAUCCGACCCACGGAGCCUCUGUGUCAUUGGGACAGUGUGUUGGCGAUUAAAUUGCCCGAGUCUCCUUCCGUGAGCUCCUUUUGGAAUUUGUCGAAAUCGUUUUGCUUUCUGGUGAACUCUUUCCACAAUUCCAUGCGGCGCAAAGAACGAAAUCGGGCGGAAAACUAUUUAACUCCCUCUUCCUGGCCAUUUUAUGAUUACUAUCCUUAAGAUGACUUGGUCUCGGAAUACGGAUCGCUCGAGUUACUUUUGAUCGAUCGACCGAUUUUCUUGACUUAAUUAUCUCGUAAUGAGGAUUGAACGCUUUUUAAAAUCAAAAUCUUAAACCAUCCCGCAUUAUAAUCUUUUCAUGCAUUUAAUUAUCUUCACUUGGACCAGUAACAUGGAACCCGUAGAAACCAUUCAUUUGAGCGGGAAACCUUGUUUGUAUGUUGCCAACAGUAUACCCGAGUGCUGAGUCACUUGUCACUAAAACAUAAUGAGAAAAUCGACUACAGAGCAGCUCUUCUGUCAUGCAGCUUGUCACAGGCCUCUUGGAAAGCAAACUGAUCGUGGUCUUUUAUUUUGAAACUCAUUUAUUGAAAACUGUAUACAUUUAAAUUCAUUUAUCAUUGUUGUACUUUCAUCGGCUGGUAAGCCCCUUUUGGACAUCAAAUUGCCACUUGGGAGACCAAUCUUUGCCAGUGGAUGUAUCUGAAUAAAAUAGCUUCAGGAAUUCUA